AUGGACAUCACAGAUCAUGGGUACAAUUGUUCAAAACUGCCCAUGGGGACCUCAAGCGAAGCGGGCCAACCUGUGAGUCGCAGGCAAAUGGCUGAAGAGUUGCUGAACAUGGAUAUUGAUGGCGACGACCCAGAUGUAGAUUAUGAUCUUUUGCCUGGCCCAGUGGCUGGCCAAGUCGAUGAUUUUGUUGAGCAAACGACAACACAAGAGGGUGCCACCUGGGCCCACGGAUCGGUGCCAGGGGUCCUCACGAUCGGCAGUUGCGCACAGAAGGCUGAACUUCAGCAUGUACCAGGGACGGCACACAAAUUGAAUGCUGCACCAGUGAUGCAGAGACGUUCGGGUGUGGCCAAGGACUGCUUGUGGGAAUCUCCAGGUGGCCCAGGGGGAUUGUUGGGCAGUGAGCGCUCACAAGCUAGGGUGGCCACGCUCAAACUGGUGGAAACCCUCUGA